GGGAGAUAUAGGAAAAUGUUCGAUAGGAAAUGGACAAGAAUACCACUUCAUGUCAUCAAGACUGCCCAGAUCAUUGCAAGAACAAAACCUGUACAUUUGAUUCCGGUGAGUGUGACAGAGGCUGCGAUGAAGGGACACUGGGGUGUAAAGUGUAACAAUUAAUGUUCUGAUAAUUGCACAGAUGACGAAUGCUUCCAGAACAAUGGAACGUGUUUUUCUAGAAAAACAUGUGAUGCCAACCGUUUUGGUAAAAACUGCGAAAACUUUUGUCAUCGUAAUUGUGUGGCAAGUGUAAAUGGUAAGAGUUGUAAUUCUUUAAACGGACAUUGCAUAAGGGAGUGUGUACCAGGCUAUUUUGGCAACUUUUGUGACCUUAAAUGUAGCGGCAAUUGUCGGAAGAUGACCUGUCAGAAAGAUGGCGGUUUUUGUCUAUUUGGUUGUAUAGAUGGAUAUAAAGGAGACAAGUGUGAUUUACAAGAGUCUAUACAACACGGAACAGGGAGUUGUUUCAGUUUGGUUGUCGGCGCUUCAAUCGCUUCGGCAUGUCUGACCUCAGUCAUGAUACUUGUUAUCGUUCUUUUAAGAAGAAAAUGUAAACACCAAAGAGACAAGCCCAACAAGCACAACAAGUCAAAUGUGAAGAGAAACGGUAACGAGGAGACAGCUUUAGUAUGCAUUGAACCGACUACAAACCAAUCUGAUAAUGAAGCAGUUCCGGCUUACUCCGACGAUAACAAUACACCAGGUAAAGUAAAUGAUGUCGCUACAGUCUAUGAAAGUCUAACAAUUAGUGGCACUGACGUCCGUCAAACAGCACGUUUAUGUUCGACUGACUACACUUCGUUAGAGGUUUGUUUUCCAAGUUAUAGAAAAACAGUUUGAAAAGUUAAUUGUGUUGUUG